AUGAGUAACUCAGGAGGAGCUAUGAAGCUGAUGAUAGUGAUGAUGGCCAUGACCCUGCUCACCACAAGCCAUGGCAUUGGCAUCCACAUCAACACCAGCGUCGUCACCGGCGGCAACUCCGCCUCCCGGUGCAAUGGCCUCACCGACACGGGGUGCCGUUUUGCACACUCUGAGUUGGACUUUGACUUGGAGUUCAUGCUGGACUCGGAAUUCAACAUAAGGCUCCUCCAGACAAUUCCUGGGUCUGUAGUUGGGCAGUCGUUGAUUGCUGGCCAAUCUGUGUCCUGUAACCGACCGGGUGAUCCACAAAGCUGCAGGGGACUGAAAAACAGAACACCCAUUCAAGAGCACUGCACGGAUCAACACAAUAGGGCUUGCCACAGAUAUCCUUGA